AUGGAUGAUGAAAAAAAGAAGAAAAAAGGUAACAAAAUAGACUUAAAUCUGUUACCUUCAUCAAUGAAAGAACGUUAUGCUGCUAUGGGAAUACUACCUAAACCUUAAAUUCCUAAAGCUAAUCUCUAAGUUGAUGUGUAAAGAAUGAAACAGAAAAAGAUUGAAAAAGAAUAACCUAUUGAAUAAAAAUUAGAAGGGAUAGAAAUCAAAGCUAGUGAAAAAAAGUAGUUAGAAAAGUAAUUUAAAUUGUUAACAUUAGAGUAUUCUAAAUGCUUAAAAAAAAGGAUGUUGAUUACUUUGAUGCCAAAGAUAUUGAUAAAAUGCUUAGAUUUUUAGGUGUUUCACUUACUAAAUCUGAAAUAGAUCUUAUGUUAUGGGUAAACAAUAAAAUUUAUAAUAAAUUUAGGAAGUUGAUGAAAAUUUAGAUGGAAAAGUUAGUUGGACUGAAUUUUUGAAUAUGUACAAAAAAUGUACAAUUGAUAAGACAGGUCUUGAACCUAAGAGUUUGUUUCAUAUGAUUUAAUUUUUAAUGUAUUUACCACCAGAUAGAAAAGACCCAAGAGUAACAGUUGAAGUAUAAAUAUUAAUUUAUAAAAUUAGGACACUUUGGAACUCUUAUAUGUUAGAUUUGGUAGAUAAUGUUUAGAUUCAGAAAUACAUGCCAUUUUUGGAGAUGAAGAGAAAAACAAAGAUGGAGAAGAAAAGGCUAUUUCAUUUAGUGAAUAUAUGGAAAAAAUUAAUGAAAGAGCAAUUCAAUAAAGAAAGUUAAGAAAAGAAGAGUAAAAAUAAUAAUUUUAAUAUUUUAAAAAAGAAAAGCAAAUGGAAUGA